GUGCAUACAGAGUAAGAGGACAUCAGGCACCUGCUUCUUCCUUGUUUUCGGAGGGUUUCCCAGAUUGAUCAUAUUUGUAUUAUAUAAUUCUAUCAAAUCAGAUUAUCAAGGGCUUCACUUCUAGAUCGGUGAGUACCAUGGCCUCCAAAUCUCAUCCUCCCCUAAUGAAGAAGCACAGUCAGACGGACCUGAUAAGCCGUCUAAAGAGCCGGAAGAUACUUGGAGUUGGAGGCGAGGACGACGAUGGAGAAGUGCACCGCUCAAAGAUUAGUCAGAUGCUUGGAAAUGAGCUGAAGUUCGCCGUCCGGGAGCCGAUUGGGCUGAGGGUGUGGAUACUCAUCUCUGCUGUGGGUUUCACAGUAAUGGCUGUAACAGCUCUGGUGUUUCCCAACCAGCUCUAUGAGGUUGUUUUUGAGGAGGAGCUUUCCACAACAAGCAUCUCCGUCCGCCUGUACGGAGCAGCUUUGCUCAGCUUGGCUCUCAUUAUGUGGAAUGGUCUCUACACAGCAGAAAAGGUCAUCAUCCAGUGGACGCUGCUCAGUGAAGCCUGCUACUUUGCUGUCCAGUUUCUGGUGACGUGCAUCACCCUGAUGGAGAUCGGCAUUCUGCCCAACGCCGCCAUGCUCCUGCUCCUCAGUCGAGUUCUCUUCUUCGUGGUCACCAUUGCUUACUAUUACCACCUGGGCCGUAAACCAAAGAAGAUGUGAGCCCACCUAUGUGACACUUAUGAUGGGGGGGGGAUGAGCUCAAAUCACAGCUGAGAUUUGGAUGAGGGUCUAAUUACUUUGUAAGCAAAUGCCCUCAUACCCCCUUUCUAUGGGACCAAGCUUCCUGUAACCCCCCACCCAGGUGAUAUGAAGCUGAUGAGCAGCGUCACAUUUCUACCCUCACAAGAAGAAGAACCGUCGCCAUGACACCGAGCUGCUCUUUAAACUGGCCUGUGAGGUCACAUUCCUCCUCUGCAUAGCUCCGAGCGCCGUUGUUACAAAGCAGGACCUUAGCAGUAUGCUUGUAAGCAGCCACCUAGAUGUAUAAUUUUUAAAUGUACAGACUGCUUUAUACCACCUGCUGAUAUUUCUGUACAGCUAUAUGAUGUCCAGAUGAAGUAUUUCAUGUUUUUUUAUUCAUCUAAAUACUGUUUCCUUCCUCAAGCUCAAGAGUUUCUGCUACAACUAGCCUUAGCUUUAUCUGCUAGAAGCCUGAUAAACCGCCUGAUUCUUAUUGGAUAAUUACUGGGUGACUGACAGCGAACCUCAUCAUGACCUGCUGAAGACUUUCCUGUCCAGCAGCAUGAUGCGACCUUCAUCUUCCUCGCUGUUCCUUUCAGUCAAGGCCAAUUAAUCGCAUUACUAUUAAGACAAAAAAAAAAAAUACGUAUUAGUUUCUAAUUCUGUUAUUUCUCAGGCUUUCUGCCUCAAGUUUUUCGAAGCACAACUAGAUAAUUGUCAUGUUAUGUGUAGUAAAAGAGAGACCGAACUGGUGUCUUUGCAGACUGUAAGGGUUGACUUUAACAUGCGUGAAAAUCUAACCUUUAAUUUAUAAUUAGCGGGUCAAAUCAACCCUGUUAUGAUCUCUUAGUAAUGUAGCAUAGUUUUAAAUAUUAAUAACCAUCACCAUAUCCAUAGUUUUGCCUUAAAACAACUUUUUAGAACAGUGGUCAGCACUGCGCUCUACUCCUUGUAUAUAUAUGUAAAUACCUAUUUACUAUUAUGUGACGUUCUUGUGAACCAAACAGGGAACUUGUUCAGUAUUAGUCAAUGAUACGGUUAAUUCUGUUCUUAAUUUAUCUCACUUUUGUACCUAUGUAAAUGACGUUUUGUUAUCUUUGCAUGUGCUAAACAGUCAUUUGCAUCCCUGGUAAAGAUUUAUAUAAAAGUUUGUCCUUUUUCAAUUAAGCUCAUUAUGAAAUCAAACAUGUUUUAAUAGGAAAAAAGUUCAGAAUAAAAAAGGCGUAAAUAUAAUAAAACUUCUGCACAAAACAAAGCUUUGAAUUUAUUAUGUUUAAGACCAAAAACUAGAAUCUGAAAGUUGAGAUAAAAACCGAUUUUCUUAAUAAUGCUAAACUUUUUUUAAGCAGAUUUUUAACAGUGAGGCCCAAAAAUAUUCAUAAUGCAGGUUAAGAUUUAAAAUUAUUUUCAUUUUAUCAAGAAGUUGUUUUCACCUGAAUGAUAACUUUUUAAAAAAUGACAGAAAAGGAGUGUAGAUUAAACAAAUAUUUUUACAAUUUAUUAUUAAACAUCUUUGCCUCCUUUUCAUCAUGAAAAUGUUUAGCUCCUCCCUCAGAUUCUUCAUAAUUAACCUCAUGCUAGAUC